AGUUUUUGUGUUGAGCUAUAACACGUUUGACUGCAUUAAUGAACACUUAUAUUUUUAAUUUUUCACGGUUUUUGAAGGCGAGGGAGUAAUAAUUAGAUGAAACAUAGGAGGCUUGGAGGUUACUAUGACCCGAUUAUUUAAGUAUUUUAGUAUGUGUUCGAAGUUGUUUCGAUAUCACUAGUACACUAGUACUGGAUACGACACAGUUUCGUCUUAAGACCUUACGAAGUAUUUAGGUUACAAGGCUAUGGUGGUAAUCCUUGAAUGAAAAUUUGAGUGUUGGUGGAGAGACAAUUUUGACCUAAGGGUAAAUGUACUGGUGAGGAAUUAGAAAGAAGAAGACGACGUUUUGUUUUCGCGUGGAAUACCAAAGUUAUCAUCACGUAUUUUUCGUGAAGAGUUCGCGUCUUAGUCUAUUUGGUAAUGGCGUUCCAGGAUAAUUUUUAUUCCAUUUUGGGAAUCUUGCUUCUUUGCACUUUAAGUGUGAGUGUAACCCUUUACCCGCCAUCUUGGAAUGAGAUUUGUGAUGUGAACAGAACAGACAAUCAUCUGUUUUUGAACUGUGUGGCUGAAGGACAUGAAGGAGUACGGUUUAUAUUUAAAGAUUUAGUAAAUUACUCAACGGGUGUAAAUACGACCUAUACUGUUCAUAUAACGUGUCGUGGCACCGGAAACAUUUCAAUGAUCUGGCCGGUUAAAAUCCCGGGAUUAAUCGAUGUUCGAGUCGAAGGAUGUAAAAUUUAUGAUUAUAUAAAUGACUGGAAUAAUGCAAGUUUAGAUAAUACACCCGAUAAUCUUCAAUCUUUACAAAUAGUUGACUCGACAUCUAUGAUCGACGUUAGUGUAUUAUUUACAAGUUUAAAUAAUGUACAAAAUAUUACCGAUGAAUUUACUUGUGGACAUGAGGAAACAAUUCGAGUGCUCAAAAUGAGAAAUAUGUCGAUGGCAUUCCACGUGUCCGAUCCGUUAGUUUUACAACGAAUACGACCACAAGAUAACCCCAUAGAGUUGAUUAAAAACUUUCUUAACCAAGAUGUAAAAUGUGUGUAUAAGAAACUUGAGGAGAUGGAAGAAACGUAUACUAGAAGCAUGAGUAAGCACCAUAUGAACGUUCUCAGUAGCAGCUCGGAGUAUCCCGUCUUGAAAUAUAUCAAUUAUUCCCACAAUCAUUGGACUGAAAUCAACGAAAUAUUUCAAGAUUGGAGGACUCGCUUCACGGAGAUGAAAUAUCUCGAUUUAAGUCAUAACAAAAUCUCAAAAAUUGAAUUUAGAGAUCGUUUUGAUCUCCCCCCGGGCGAAGAUACCAUUAUUGACAUUCGACACAACAACAUCUCCACAUUAACUGUCCAGAACAUUCUUGAUUGGUCAGCAUUAGACAAUAUGUUCAUAGACAUAAGAGGAAAUCCUUUAGAUUGUGGAUGUUUCAAACAAACCCUUAUUUUCAAACUUCAAAGCGAAUCCUUCUUUAAAGGAACGAUUAGUAAAUAUAAGUAUUUACAAAAUAUGACAUGUGCUAGCCCGGAAAGUGCAAAGGGUAUAAAAAUUAUUAAUUUAAGUAAAAUUGAGAUGGGCUGUGAAAUUCCACCAGAGGAUUUGUCAAUUUACUUGGUUGCAUUAGGUGUAAUAGCCGCCAUCUUGAUUUUAGUGAUCAUCGUAACGUUCCGGUAUCGCCGUGAAAUUAAAAUUAUUCUCUACACCAGAUUUCAUGUUGUUUUACCGUGGGAUGUGGACGACAAAAAGGAAGAAAAGGAAUAUGAUGCCUUCGUUUCGUACAGUUCCGGCGAUGAAGAUUGGGUGUACGAUUAUCUACAACAGAAAUUAGAGACGCCGGCAGACGAGGACACCCCGGCCUUCAAUCUUUGUCUUCAUCAACGAGAUUUUAUCGGUGGUACGAGCAUUUUAGAAAAUAUUAUUGACAGUAUUGAAAACAGUCGUCAUACGAUCGUUAUCCUUUCUAAAAACUUUUUGAAAAGUAUUUGGGGCAUGGAGGAAUUCAAGCACGCUUAUUACCAAAGUAUCAUAAAGAAACAUCGUCAUUUAAUCAUAGUCAAAUAUGAAGAUAUCCCGGAGAAUAUAAUGGACGAGACUCUGAAGCGUUGUUUAAAGACUUUUACCUAUUUGGAUGUGAAAGACGUUAUGUUCAUAGAUCGACUGAGGUUUGCUUUAGCUAUAAAGACACGCCCAACAAAGUGUGAUUCAAAAUGUGAAAAGGGUAUGAUAGAUUUAACUCUACCUGGGCCUUUGGUUAUAACUAACGGUCCCAAUGUUAUCAACACACAAGUAUCUAAUACCUCGGACGAUUCUGGCUAUGUGGACGUAAACCCAGUAUCGAACAAUGUGUAUUGUAACAAUAACUUUCAAAAAGAUGAUAUAAAAGCAAAUUAUGUAUAGAUUUAUUAAAAAUGAGGCAAUAAUUUCAAUAACGUUUUUGAAAAUGUUAGUACAUUCGCUUAGAAGGGUCAGGGUUACUUGUCUUACCCGUGUUCUCUAUGUCUGCUAUCAACGGUGCGGAUAAGAUAGGACACAACGGGCGCGCUAGUUUUUGGUUCUUUUAAAGCGUGAAACCAUUUUGAUAGUCGAGAAUGAUAUUGUUUUUAAUGUCCAUUUUUGUAUGCGAUGCCACGACCUUACAAAAUGUCUUUCAUUUUCUCAUUUUAUUUUUCUCUUUUAUUAUUGUAUGUUAUGAUAUUCAGGGGACAAUUAGCGCAGAUUGAUCUGUUUAAUAUGCCUCCUUUUUUUGGCAAGUGUUAAGUUCAAUAUAAUAUAUGAUUCUGUUCAUCUUAGAAUGUGUUACAUAAAGUGCAGUUGAUGUGUAAAUUGAAAAUAAAGACAAUG